AUGGUGGUGGUGGUGGUGGUGGUCGGAGUGGUCGUGGUGGUUUUCACAUUGGUCAUGGUCGUCACAGUGGUCGUGGUCGUCACAGUGGUCGUGGUGCAGUCGUCACAGUGGUCGUGGUGCGGUCGUCGCGGUGGUCGUGGUGGUCGUCACAGUGGUCGUGGUGCGGUCGUCACAGUGGUCGUGGUCGUCACAGUGGUCGUGGUGCGGUCGUCACAGUGGUGGUGGUCGUCACAGUGGUCGUGGUGCGGUCGUCACAGUGGUGGUGGUCGUCACAGUGGUCGUGGUGCGGUCGUCGCGGUGGUUGUGGUGGUCGCAGUGGUCACGGUGGUCAUGGUGGUCAAUAG